UGUCUUCUUCAUUUCCCAAACCAACCCUUUUUCACAAUCCUUUCAUCUUCUUCUUCACCACUAUCAAAACCCUUCAUUGCCUUCAAAUAUCCUAAGAAAUGGUGGGAUGCAAGUUGAUGAUAAAGAAGAAGAAGGCCGGAGGCGGCAGCGGCAAUUGGCUGAGCACAUUUCUGCAUUGCGAGUUCUUUGGUUCUUGCAUUGAACAUCAACAACUGAAAAAGAAUGAAAAGAACGUGUUUUGUAUCGACUGUAAUCUUGAUUUUUGCCGGCACUGUGAGUCGGCUCACUGCCUCCAUCGCCGCCUCCAGAUCUGCAAAUAUGUUUAUCAGGAUGUUGUUCGCCUUCAAGACAUUCAGAAACACCUCGACUGUUCCAAAAUUCAGACUUAUAAAAUAAAUGGUGAAAAGGCUGUGCAUUUGAAUGCUCGGCCUCAAAUGAAAGAUACAAAAGCCUCAACGAAAUCGAAGACGGGUGCCUCAUGUGAAGCCUGUGGGAGAUAUCUUCAAGACUUUCCGAAUCGUUUCUGUUCAAUCGCCUGCAAGGCUUAUGUAGUUUCAUUGAAGCCUAAAGAUCAAAGACAUGAAAUGAUGACAUUCCCAACUCAAGAAUGCAAUAAUUUUUCAUGGAAGAAUAACUACUAUUCAGAAAAUAGUUCAAGUGGUAAAGAUUCUUCUCUUUCUUUUACUGAUCCAACUGAUGUGUGUCAAGCAGUCUGGAUAAACUCAACCCUAAAGCCACGAAAGCAAUUGCACAAGAGAAAAGGCAUCCCUCACAGAGCUCCUCUUAGGUAAAACCAAAGUUUCAAGUUAUAUUCAUGUUCAAAAUCAAUAAAAAAAAGCACAUAUAUAAUAAUCUAUACAUGUUCAUGAAAUGAAGAACUCAGUUUCGGGAUCUUCUUUUGAUCUUUAUAUUAUCUUUUGAUUAAGAUUUAAAGUUCAUACUAGAAAAGAAUCUUGAUCUGAGUCUAUUAUUUUUUGAAUUGUACAGUAAAAGAGAGGUUGUUUGAUUGGAUUUUAUCAUUAUUUUGUUUAUGUAUCAUGAUUAAA